AUGGCAUCUAUUCAACCCUUCGUUCAUUUGUUAGCAUGGGUUUCUUUUAUAUGGUCUCUUGGGAUUGCUGAUUCACUUCCAACUCCGGUGGUUGAUUCUCUACAUCAUAAGCAAAUUUCUCCCAUCAAUAAUUUUUUUAUGCAGUCGUAUUAUGACAGAUACAAGAAUUUACACGAUUCCGAUUAUGAAAAUUUUCUGUCUCAAGAAGUAUCUUCUGGUUUGUGUGAACCAGAUAACCUUGAUUUCGUGUUGAGAUUGUCAGAUCUAAAGCGCAAUCUUACUGGAGAAGGUUCUCAUCGCACUGUAUCUACAUCGAUCAAAUUUCAAAUAAAGUCUUUGUCUGAACUGUUAAGCUACUCAUGUGAGUUCAUUAUUAUUGAAAGACUUCCUUCUGGAGUUUUUGCUGAUCCAUUUGAGUUACAACAUCUUGUUCAGCGUGGCGUGUUCAGUGAUAUAGCUGUCUUUGGUGACACAAAUCUGGAGCUGCCUUCAUUCAUGUCCAACCGUUCUGCGGUUGAAAUUCACUUAGUUGUUGACCCAAAUGUAUUGCAAAGGCCAACUGAUCUAAACAUUGAGCUUCCAUUACAUGCUCGAUAUCAAUCUCUGAAUGAAAGUGGGUACUCAACCGUUGAAUUUGGUGCACCUGAUAUGUUAGCGCGCUGCAACACAAAGGAGAAAGUGGAAAAUCCCUAUUGCUUCUUCAAAUUGGAAAAAGAUGGUGUUAAUCUUUAUGGCCCUCGAAUUGUUUGGAGAAUACCUUCUGGAAUAAAGACGCAUGCUAAUCUUGUUUCUGCCUUUACAUUUAUUGCAGCUUCGUUAUCAACCCUUGCAAUUGUUGUUUCCUCAUUAUAUUAUUCCAAUAGUUGA